AUGGCGAGUGGCGUGGAGGAAGUUAGGAACAAGCAGGUGAUAUUGAAGGACUAUGUGUCUGGCAAUCCCAAAGAGUCAGACAUGUACGUGACAACUAGUUCCAUAAAGCUCAAGGUUCCUCAAGGCUCAAAAGCAGUGCUGCUCAAGAACCUCUACUUGUCAUGUGACCCUUAUUUGAGGAUCCGAAUGGGUAGAAUUCAAGGCUCUAAUGUCUUCACUUCCUUCACUCCUGGUUCUGAAGGUGACUUGGUUUGGGGAACAACAGGAUGGGAAGAGUAUAGUCUCAUCACAGAACCAGAACAGUUCUUUAAAAUCCACCACACUGAUGUGCCCGUGUCCUACUACACUGGCCUUCUUGGUAUGCCGGGUAUGACUGCCUUUGCCGGUUUUCAUGAAGUCUGUUCGCCUAAGAAAGGAGAUCGUGUGUUCAUUUCUGCAGCAGCUGGUGCAGUUGGCCAGCUUGUUGGGCAAUUUGCAAAGUUGAUGGGGUGUUAUGUUGUUGGAAGUGUUGGAAGUAAAGAGAAGGUCGAUCUACUAAAGAACAAGCUAGGGUUUGAUGAGGCUUUUAAUUAUAAAGAAGAGCAAGACCUUGAUGCUGCUUUGAAAAGGCAUUUCCCUGAAGGCAUUGACAUUUAUUUCGAGAAUGUUGGAGGAAAAAUGCUGGAUGCUGUGCUUCUUAACAUGAGACCUCAUGGUCAAAUUUCUGUGUGUGGAUUGAUCUCACAUUACAAUCUCAACCAGCCACAAGGCUUUAGCAAUCUUCUGUCUCUAAUCUACAAUCGGAUCCGUAUGGAAGGCUUUGUUGUUUUCGAUUAUUUCCAUCUGUAUCCCAAUUUCUUGGACAUGGUCAUACCAUACAUCAGAGAAGGAAAGAUAGUAUAUCUGGAAGACAUAACUCAAGGCCUUGAGAGUGCUCCAGCAGCUCUUGUGGGACUUUUUAGUGGCAGAAAUGUUGGAAAACAAGUAGUUUUGGUUUCCCAUGAAUGA